GAUUGGAAAUCGAAUGUUACUAUUCGAAUAGUUGAUUCUCUUCGAUUAUUCGAAUAGUCGCAAAGCUACGAUUAUUCGAAUACCUUCUUAAAAUCGAAUAUUCGAUCGUUGUAAUAAGUGUUAUUUGUAAAAAAAAAAUAAGAAUUUAUAAAUUUUGUGUGUUUUUGUGAACAUGAGUGCAAGAAAACUAAGUUGGGUGUGGAGUUUUUUUACGAAAUGCAGUGAUGGUAAGCAAGUUACCUGCUCCAUUUGUGGAGCAGUCCUUAGUUUCCACCACUCCACUUCCUCGCUAAGCACUCACUUGAAACAAGUCCAUAAGAAGGAACCGAUUCGUGGUGGUGGCAUAACACCGGACACGAAUAUCGAUGCAACAAGUGGUGAAUGCGUUGAAACGCAGGCGAGCACCUCGGGUGGCCGUAAGAGAAAAAAGCACGACACCGUUCAUGACUGCACAUUUGAACGUCAGGAAUUGAUAUCUCGUGGAGUGACACGCCUAAUCCCAAGUAACAUGUUACAUGUUUUGAUAAAGCGACUGCAGUGCUAUGUGGUGGCAAAAAUGUGA